CCGGCAAUAAUCUGGGCGGCAGCGGGCGGCGCUGGCUAUCUGCCACGAGCCACUUCUGCGGCUAUAGAGAGGAGCGAAGUUCGUUGGUCUCGUGUUGUCCCCCUCUCCCGCCCCCAGGAGGGGCGAGAGGGAGCCCGCCGCCGAUGUCAGAAAUACACUAUCGGGAAAUGGCCCCUAAAUCUUGGCUGAAUUUUUUAACUUUCCUCUGUGGAUCUGCAAUUGGAUUUGUUCUCUGUUCUCAGCUACUUAGUAUUUUGUUGGGUGAGCAGGAUGAUACCCAGCCUAAUAUUCUUCAUAAUGAUCCUCAUGCUAUUCAUUCAGAUGAUGAUGGACAGAGUCAUCUAAAAGGACAGAUAAACUUCAAUGCAGAUGUUAGUCAACAUAAAGAUGAGAACACAGUUGUUGCGGAACGCCUCUAUCAGAAAGUUAGAAUUCUUUGCUGGGUUAUGACAGGACCUCAAAAUUUAGAAAAAAAGGCCAAACACGUCAAAGCUACAUGGGCCCAGCGCUGUAAUAAAGUAUUGUUUAUGAGUUCAGAAGAAAAUAAAGACUUCCCCGCUGUGGGAUUAGAAACCAGAGAAGGCAGAGACCAACUAUACUGGAAAACAAUUAAGGCUUUUCAAUAUGUUCAUGAUCAUUAUUUAGAAGAUGCUGAUUGGUUUAUGAAAGCAGAUGAUGAUACUUAUGUUAUACUAGACAAUUUGAGAUGGCUUCUUUCAAAAUACAACCCUGAAGAACCCAUUUACUUUGGGAGAAGAUUUAAACCCUAUGUAAAGCAGGGCUACAUGAGUGGAGGAGCUGGAUAUGUACUGAGCAAAGAAGCCUUGAAGAGAUUUGUUAACGCAUUUAAAACAGACAAAUGUACACAUAGUUCCUCCAUUGAAGAUUUAGCACUGGGGAGAUGCAUGGAAAUUAUAAAUGUAAAAGCAGGUGAUUCCAGAGAUACCAUUGGAAAAGAAACUUUUCAUCCCUUUGUUCCAGAGCACCACUUAAUCAAAGGUUAUCUACCUAAAACUUUUUGGUACUGGAAUUACAACUUUUAUCCUCCCAUAGAGGGUCCUGGUUGCUGUUCUGACCUUGCAGUUUCUUUUCACUAUGUUGAUCCUACAACUAUGUAUGAGUUAGAAUACCUCGUUUAUCAUCUUCGUCCAUAUGGUUACUUAUACAGAUAUCAACCUGCCCUACCUGAGAAUAAUCUAAAGGAAAUAAGUAAAGCAUACAGAAAUGAAGAUCCAAAAGUAAAAUCGUGAACCCUUGAGAGAAAAGCAUUAAGUGAACAGAGGUAAAAUGUCUAACAUUGCACUGAAGAAGACGUCUGCAUUUCUCAUUUAGAACACUGGAAUCCCAGUGAGGAAUUCUUUUGCAUUGAGCAUUCCAUAUUAGAAAUCUUGCAGAUGAAUGACUGUAAACUGAAGCUUUAAGUGAGCUAAAAAAUCUGUUAAAAUGUGUUUUGAUACAGUAAUUAAUAUAUGUGUAUGUGUGUGUGUGUAUUUUUAUGAAAAAACUGGUGUUUUUAAAGUGGCCAAAGGGACUAGAAAAGAGAGAUUGUUGCCAAUUCUGACCACAUAUUAUUUCAUUGAGAAACUAAAACAUUUAAAUUUGCUAAAAUUAAAAUGCACUGUGUUAGUAAUACUUGAUGCUAAACAGAUCUACCUUAAAGAAAAUUUAGGGAUAAUAUUGUUGCUCAGUGUUUAUAAACUCAAGACAUGAGUUUAUAUUACAGUAUGAUAUAAAUAAACCAACCUCCUGCCCCCCCCACCACAUACACAGUUUUUGUUGAAUGAAGAUUUUGCUGACUAUAAUUAGCAGUAUUUCUUCCAGAAGAAGGUGGAAUAAGAAUGGCACUUAUACUAAAGUGCAUUAAUAAAACCACAAUUUGAAAUUAUCAUGGGCCUUGAUUGUAUUAUAUAUUUGGUUCUGGUUUGUAAUUAAUCUUUUACUAAGUCCCUGUUGUCUCUUCUAAAUAUGUUUAACAACUCUUGAAUACCAUUGUCAUUAUUAAU